GAUAGCAUAAGCUCUCAACCAACAGGCCAAAAUGAGCUGUGUAAAAGUCAUGUACUUGAAAAGAUAAAAUUAGCUCAUUUGUCUUCAGAGCUAAUUUCAUUGAAUGUAUGUAACAGUGCAUCCCUGCAAAAGUCUGCUUCUACAGCUAGUUACUUAUCUUCAUAAUUAAAGUUUAAAACUACUCUGCUCCACUUGCCUUUAUGUUACUCUUUACGGCUGUAAAUCCUCAUCGUUCAAAUAGAUCAGCUUAAGGGUAAUCUUGUAUUUUCUCACCCUCAGGCUCAUCAGGCUUCUCUAUGAAUAUUGACAGAUUACUGUUGUCUUUCAUUGAGUAUGAAGGCUUUUAAUAUAUAUACUUAUCCAGCGAGCCACAAUCCGCGAGAUCUCGGAAUCCAGCGAGCGAGUUCGACUCAAUGGAGGAGAUCGCGGGUAAGAGAAAAGAGAAGGAGCGAAGGGGGUUUCAGAUUGCCCGAGAAGAUCGUGCAGAGGAGAUUCACCGCACAGUGGCGGAUCUUUGGAUCUCCCAUUCUCAAGGGCAAAAAAAUGGCGCAGGCGGAGGAUGGAAGCAGAGAAAUCUGGCGAACGAAGGGAAGGCGAAUGGCUUCAAUGGGAAGGAAUUGAAGGCGAAGAAGCUAGGCCUUCUACGCUCACAAAAUGGGGAAAAAAAACACAGGCAAAUCUACAAAAAUUGCAAAAAAAAAUUACUCCGGAGCCACCUGCUACUUCUAAGAAAAAUAUUUUAUAUGGCCAAUAUCAAACUACAAAUGUGAAGAACAUAUAGUUUUUGUUUAGAAGUAGCAGAUGGCUCUGUAGUCAUUUUUUCUUUCAGUUUUUGUGUUUUUGCUUUGUGUUAUUUCCACAUUUGAUGAGUCAAAUGCUAUAGCACUAUUGCAAACUACGUUGAAUAAUUAUUAUACGUACUUUUACUUCAUCCUCUGACGCACCUCCUUCAAUAAUUCUCUUCUUCUUUUCCUCCAAACUAUACUAUGAGGUCUCUGCAUCAAAAGGCAAGAAAAGAGAUUGGUUCUUUUUCGACGAUGGUGAUGAAUAGCCACGUUAUGUCCACCAAUCCCGGCUACUACGUCGCCGCCGUCACUUGCUCCGGCGGCGGCGGAGCAGACGAUAGCCUCCAUAUUGGUCAAGAUUACCGCCUCGUCAGCUUCGAAGAGGUGUUGAGGGAGUUCGGUUCGAAGAAGAGGGUGAGGCUGAGCCGGAUUAUUCAGAGGCGGAAGGAGAGGGAGGAGCGAAAGACGAGGGAGGGUGGCGCCGACGAAGUGGGUAAUAGUUCGCCGGAAAUGGUGCAUCGUGUGGGGCCCAGCAUUACUUGUAAUGGAGGAUGAACUAACAGCAGCGUGUGCGGACAAAGCCAGUGGAAGCCAACUCUGCAAAGCAUUGCUGAGCUCGGAAUCUAAGCGUUUCCUAUUAUUUUCUCUGCUUUAUAUUUUUUCUUAAUUUUUAGAGAAAGUAUUUGAAGCUUGAAAUUGUUACACGUGUGAAGGACGGUUGAGAUUACGGCGUUUUUGCUUUUUUUUUUAAUAAUUUUUUAGUAUAAAAAUUUUAUAAAACUGUUUUAAAGUAGCAAAAAA